AUGAAGCAAGAAAGAUUGAAUGCUUUGAUGGUAUUGACAGUAGAGCAAGAAAUGGCAGUCAAUGUUGAUGCUGAUGCUGUUAUAGACGAUUUAAAAAUAGCGGUAGAUUUUAAGAGACGAAUAAGAACUGAUGAACCAAAAUCUGGCGCUAGGGUUUGUAGUUGUCAUUUUGAAGACAACAAAAAAGAAAAUGAUCCAACAAUUUUGCCUCAUCGUUCUCAACAUUUUAACUUACAUCAUUUAACUCUAGAAAAGAAAACAAGAAAAAAAUUAUUUAAACAAAUACCAAUUCAAAUGGAUGUCAUACCAGUUCAAUGUGAUGAUCAACUGGUUGUGAAUGAGUUAGUUGCCAAUGAAAUUCCAUUAGAUUUGUCCACUACUUCAAAAUCAAUUAUUUGCACAGACUCAGUUAAUUCUUCAAACAUAGCUUCAAUUAUUCAUGAAUCUGAGAACUAUUUUCUCAAGGAAGAAAACAAAGCCAUGAAAUUAAAAUUAAAACAAUUGAAUCUUUCAUUUAACUAUGAAAACUUAAGUCAAAAUAAUGAAUUAUUACAGUCUUAUACAGGUUUGCCUACAAAUGACAUUUUUAUGGCUCUUUAUAAUUUGUUAAAAAAUUCAAAACUCCAUUACCACUUUGGUUGGAAAGUUGAGAGUAUAAGUAAACCAGACCAACUUCUUAUAACUCUAAUGAAAUUAAGGCAUAAUUUCCCACAUUUUGAUUUGGCUACUAGAUUUAAGUGCAGUAGGAGUACUAUUACUAACAUUAGCAUCACAUGGAUUAACAUUUUACAUAAUGUACUUUUCUUGAAGUGUAUGAAUAAAAUACCUUCAAGACAAAAAAAUCAAACUUGUUUACCUGAUUCUUUUAAGCCUUUUAUGAAUUGUCGAAUUGUAAUAGACUGCACAGAAAUUUUCACAUCAGUGUCUCGACAAUCUAUGAAUAUUCAAAGAGAUACAUAUAGCAGUUAUAAGCAUAGAAACACGUGGAAGGUUCUUAUAGGAAUUGCACCUAAUGGUGUAGUUACUUUUGUAAGUAGCUUAUUUCCUGGUUCUACGUCUGACAAAGUGAUUACAUUGAAAAGUGGACUCUUAGAGCAGUUAGUACAGGGAGACCUAAUUUUAGCUGACAAAGGUUUCCUAAUCAGAGACAUUUUACCACCUGGAGUAUCUUUAAAUCUACCACCUUUUCUAGACACUCCUCAGUUCACACCUCAACAAGUAUUACAAACUGAAGUCAUAGCUAAGGCAAGGAUUCAUAUAGAAAGGGCCAUACAAAGAAUAAAAUGUUUUGCAAUUUUAAAUUUUAUUCCCUCUACAAUGAUGAAGCAAGCAGAGCAAAUUUUUCAAGUUGUUGCUGCGCUAACAAAUCUUCAACACCCACUUAUUCAUGAAGUUGAAAACAAAAUGGUAAAUCCAAGUUAG